GCUCCAGAAAGGGACAGCAAUUGGAAAGAAAGCAAUGCAUUUCAGCAGGAUGUCUGUGAAACACACUUCAGUUCUGCUGCUGCUUCUACCACUGAGUUGUUACUUCCAUUCUGGGAGUUGUGGGAAGGUGCUGGUGUGGCCUAUGGAAUUCAGUCAUUGGAUGAAUUUGAAGACAAUUUUGGAUGAACUUAUCCAGCGAGGCCAUGAAGUCACUGUCCUGAGAUCUUCAGCUUCUGUUGUCAUUAGUUCCAACAGCAAAUCUGGAAUUCAAUUUGAAACUUUUCCUACAAAUUUCACCAAAGAUGAAGUGGAAACUUUUUUCAUGUACUGGAUCAAUCAGUUGAUAUAUAAUGUGUCAUUUGAUAUAUAUUGGGAGCACUUUCCAGCAAUGCAAGAGUUUAUUUUAGCAUAUUCUGAUGUUUAUGAAAGUCUCUGCAAAGAAGUAGUUUUGAAUAAGAAACUCAUGACCAAGCUUCAAGAAUCGAGGUUUGAUGUUGUUCUUGCAGACGCCUUUGCUCCCUGUGGUGAGCUGCUGGCUGAGCUUCUGGAAAUACCCCUUGUGUACAGUCUUCGUGGCUUUCCUGCCUACUUACUGGAGAAGUAUGGUGGAGGACUUCUAUUUCCUCCUUCCUAUGUACCUAUUAUUCUGUCUGGUUUAAGCAGCCAAAUGAGAGAAAGGUCUUCCAUCUGCUGGCUCACUCCCCAGUUAGCCACAACUGCCAGAGCUGUGCCGAUCUGAAGCCAGGAGCCAGAAGCUUCCUCCAGGUCUUCCCAUGCAGGUACAGGGACUCAAGGACUUGGGUCACCUUCUACUGCUUUCUCAAGCCAUAGCAGAGAGCAGGAUUGGAAGUGGAGCAGCUGGGACUUGAACCAGUGCCCAAAUGGGAUACCGGCACUAUGGGCUACACCACAGCACCAGCCCUGGAUUUUCUUCUAAAAGAAAACAGUCUUGAAGAUGCAGUAAUUAAAUUAUAUUUUCUAGAGGUACAGUUACGGA